AUGGAGAGCACAUGUCUGUGGGGAGGGGAAUCAGCACUCGAUCUCUCCCCUGCUUCCUCCAGCUCUGGGAAUUUCAGCCACUUCACACCAGAUUCGGCCACCAGCCCCAAGACAGAAUCCUCGUCCCCCCAGCCUGCGUCCAAGCCCCAGAAGAAUGGGAAGGAAAGAGAGGGAGGGAUGAAGAAGGCCAAGAUCCGUACAGCCUUCUCCAAGGAGCAGCUGCAAACCCUGCAUCAGCGGUUCCAGAGCCAGAAAUACCUCAGCCCCCAGCAGAUCCGGGAACUGGCUGCAGUCCUGGGGCUCACUUACAAGCAGGUUAAGACCUGGUUCCAGAACCGAAGGAUGAAGCUGAAGAGAUGCCAGAAGCACAACUUGUGGUCGGAGCGGGCUCAGUGCCUCACUCAGACUGGGUUCCAGCCCAGCGGGUACCUGGAAGUGCACCCCAAAUUCCACCAGAGCUAUCCGAUCAGCGCAGCUGGAAACAUCCAAGCUGUGGGCAACCCCCGUCAGAACUACUCAGCAGGGCAGAACCCAUAUGCAUUCAUAGCCAAUGAGGAGGGGGGGGUCUUCGGCAAAGGUGGGGCCACCUGUAGCGUCCAACAGACAGUGGGAUUCAUUGCCCAGCACAAAGUAGACUUUUAUCAUGGCUUCCCUGGGACCAUGGAAUACACUGGCGCAAAGACAGGAGAUGGCUAUAGCUUCCACCAUGCCUCAGCCACUGUGGCACCGUUUCCGGGCACUGCUGGCCACCAUCUGUACCACCCCUAAGCAGGGUUAAUGCAGAGAGCCCAAAGCAAUUGUUACUGAAUCUCUUCCUUUCCCUGCAUCUCUCACGCUGUCUCCUACUUAGGGUAAUUACACAACUCUGUCCCUAUCUUACAUUCAGACACAUGGGCUCACUCACACCCACCCAAACUCUCAUGCAGUUACUAACAAAAUAAAUACACACAUCCAUGCACACACAUGUAGGUGUACCCAUACAUUUACCCUACAGUGAAACUGGGUAUCUUUCUAAAAAAAUAUGAUCUGGCUCCAUCACAACAUAUGGGCUUGCUACAAGAAUCACUAGGUGAAAUUCUCUGGCCUGUGGUAUGCAGGAGGACAGAUUAGUUGAUCAUAUUAGUCCCUUCUGGCCUUUAAAUCUAUGACCCUAUUUAGGCUGUUUACACUAAACCUUGCCUUGUCUAGUGUUGAUGAAGUCUAGAGAUCCAAGGUGCUUUUAAUAUUGCAAAUAAAAUAAAAGGUGAUUUUUCUUCUCCCAUAAAAUAUUUCUAUUUCUCUUUAUUUAACACAUUGGACAAACUGCAGGACACUGCAAUAUGUGAAAACACAGAACCACCAUGUAAGAAAUAGAAAAGCAUGGCUAACAUUGCAUUAGUACUGAUUUGUAUUACAGUGGUGCUGUAAGGAGCUUCCCACCAAUGCUAACACCAGUUCAGAAGUUUGCAAUACUAGAAACCAUGCUACUGGUGGCUGGUACCAUUUUCAGGGCUGGCCUGCUCUGAGCAAUAUUAGAUGACACUGGGGCCAGUUUAAGAAGCAUGGUUCCAUACCUAGAGUACUAGCUUCUGGUCAUGUGACUUACAUAAGCAUUUCAUGGAGGGAGGGGUUGGUUUUUGCCUCUUUAUUUAA